UGCUGCGUUCACACCGUCAGGCAAAGAAACCGCACACGGAGGGAGCAGAGAUUGUUUGAUUCUUUCUCUCUCUCUUUCUUCUUUUUUGAACAACAUCAGAAAAGAGGUGUACCCUAAGGAUUCAGAGAGGCAUGUAGACAGCCCUUGAAACAACAGUCUUGCAUAAUCAUGACAAUGCUAUAUGCAUGAAGGACCACACCCAGUAAAACAACUCUUCCAGGACAUUACACAGCAUCAUCAUUCCACAUGAUCCCUCCGGCCAUAAAGAUCACUGCCGACAACUGACAGCGUGAAGUCCACCCGCACUGGAGAGCCUCCCUUGGUACCAAUGGAAACCCUGGUGUAACCAGCCAGUCUGCAGGAUGCUGGAGUCUUCGGCUGGCACCCCCCUGGGGGGCAGGCGCUGUCUGAAGGAGAGGCUGGUCACCGUGUGCUCUUUGGCCACCCUGCGUACCUGUUUCCCUAUCCUCACCUGGCUGCCCAGGUACAGCCUGGCCUGGCUCAAGAUGGACCUGCUGGCCGGCUUGACGGUGGGCCUCACGGUGGUCCCCCAGGCCCUGGCCUAUGCGGAGGUGGCGGGCUUACCUGUACAGUAUGGCCUAUACUCGUCUUUCAUGGGGGGCUUCCUCUACUGCGUCUUUGGCACAUCGAAGGACAUCACACUUGGGCCCACGUCCAUAAUGUCUCUGCUCUGUUCCUUCUACGUCGGUGGGGACCCAGUGUAUGCUGUGGUGCUCACGCUGAUGUGUGGCCUCACCCAGACUGCCAUGGCUCUGCUGAGGCUGGGGUUCCUGCUGGACUUUAUCUCCUACCCUGUCGUGAAAGGCUUCACGUGUGCAGCAGCAGUUACCAUUGGUUUUGGACAGUUCAAGAAUGUUCUGGGUCUGAAGAACAUUCCCAGGCAGUUCUUUCUGCAGGUCUACUACAUGUUUCACAGGCUGCCUGAGGCCAGGGUUGGAGAUGUGAUUCUGGGGCUGUUCUGUCUCCUCUUCCUGGUGAUGAUUACGGUUAUGAAGAACACUCUGGGCUCCUCUGAAGUGACCCCAUCACCGCUUGUCCGGUUUGCCAGGAGCCUGGUGUGGAGUUUUGCCACAGUCCGGAAUGCUUUGGUUGUCAUAGCAGCGGCGUGUGUUGCGUACUCUGCUGAGGUCAUGGGCUGUCACCUGUUCACCCUCACGGGGCAGACUGCUGAGGGUCUGCCCGCUUUCUCGCCACCAGCCCUCUCGGAGACAACAGCCAAUGGCACGCACAUGUCCUUCAGUGACAUCAUACUGGACCUGGGAGGUGGUCUAGCUGUUAUUCCACUGAUGGGCGUUCUGGAAAGCAUAGCUAUUGCUAAAGCAUUCGGUAGUCAAAACAAUUAUCGCAUUGAUGCCAACCAGGAGAUCUUCGUAAUUGGACUCACCAACGUUCUGGGCUCCUUCGUCUCCGCCUACCCCGUCACGGGAAGCUUCGGGAGAACUGCUGUAAACUCUCAAACCGGAGCAUGUACACCUGCUGGGGGCAUAGUUACAAGCGUGGUAGUGCUGCUUUCCCUGGCCUUCCUCAUGCCUCUCUUCGCCUACAUCCCCAAAGCGUCUCUGGCUGCUGUCAUCAUCUGCGCUGUAGCCCCCAUGAUGGAUUUCAGGGUUCUGCCCCAGAUCUGGAGGGUGAAGAAGCUGGAUCUUUUGCCAUUCUUGGUCACCUUCCUGGUCAGUUUUUGGGAGGUGCAGUAUGGAAUCAUGGGAGGUGUAGUUGUUUCAGUGCUCAUGCUGCUUUAUCUGGUGGCCAGACCUGAAGUGAAAAUGUCUGACCAUGGGGUCAUGGUGAUGGAGUUGAGCAGUGGGCUGAACUUUCCUGCCACAGAGUACCUCAGUGCCUUCUUACGCGCACAUGCGCUGCAUGUGUCUACACCGCGCUGUGUGGUGCUGGACUGUCACCAUGUCAGCAGUAUUGACUACACUGUCGUGAAUGAACUGAAAGAUCUUCUGAAGCAAUUUAAGCUGCAUGAUGUUUCCCUGGUGUUCUCAAGACUCAAGCCUUGUGUAUUGGAGGUGUUGCUAUCAUCUGAUCUUCCAGGCUUCAGACAUGGAGACAGCAUAGAGGCGUGUCUACAGAUUAUGUCCAUUAACGCUCACUAUGACUGACACCUGUACCUUCCAAUCAACACUAAGAACAGUCACUGAUAAUGGGGUUAGAAGCUAGUCGCCAAAUCAUGCCUUGAAUACCUCAAAGAACCAAGGUGGACCAAACUCUAUUCAGACAGAAACAGUGGCAACCUGUGUUUUAGUUGCUGCUGCUUUUAUAAUCUUGUGGAGACUGACAUUAACAAUAUCUUGAUCUUUCCCAACAUGGAACUACAUGGGACCAAAUGAUCUUUGCACAGAAAAUAUGCUAAUGCUCCAAAUUUUAAAGAUACACUAAAAUGUUUUUUUUUUUGUAAGUUGCAUUUAACUGACUUAUUGGUAGUCUUAUGACUAACAGGCCUUAAGCAAAAACUGAAAAGCAGUGCCCAAAGUAUCCUCAUCAAAUAUAAUAAUGUUUUUUUUUUUUACUGCAAGGGGCUUCCCUCUUCCAUAUUGUCAUGGAGACAGAGUCAUUCUUUCAGCUUGAGGACAGCUAUGACCUUUUACCUCUUGUUUUAUAAUAUUCUGCUGUUAUGUUCUUUUAAUGUUUUUUACCUAACGUUAUGGUGAUGUAGGAGUGUUGUAGUGUGGAAUUGUAGCAGCAGAAGGUACUGAACAUGAGAGAAGCUAUGUGGCUUGUUCAUGGAACACAGCUGUCUUCACCUGGAUAUCGGUGACAGAUGUUUAUGGAUGACUACUGAUCACUGAUACAUGUGUAUAUGUGCUUCAAAAAUCACUUUAUUACAACAUGAAGGGGAUGCUAAGAAGGUAACAUGUCUAAGUUCUAUACGUUUUAGUUAAUGACACUAUGUUAGAAGAUUUGUAACUGAAAGUGAUUGAUUUAUUAUUUUAAAAGAAUUUGUGAAAUUAGCACUUUUAACCAUUUUAUAUUUGGAACAUAGACUUGCUUUUUAUGUAAAAGAAUGAAUUCCAGGUCAAAUUGUGAACUACACAAUUCGGCUUCUAUUUUAGAAUUUGUAUAAUACACUGUUAAAUGAUUAAAAUAAAUGUUAGAGUGUGA